AUGGAAGGUGGCCGGCCGAACUCUCCUCCUACGGAGACUCGAUCAACCACACCCAAGCCGACUCCCGUAUCCAUGGCGAAUAAUAAACAAAGGCCAGCUGUUGAACACAAGCCGGAUGCCACCAUACCACCAAUAGCUACAAGUUCCCAGCAACCACCGGUCACGUCACAAGUCCCCUUUCACACUCCGCUUGGCAUGUAUGGAACGCCGGCACAGGGACAACCGGCUGUCUACAGCAUGACGCAGAUGACAAACUGCUUGCCUGUCGUGUGGAAUCGACCCUUCCAGCACCAACAAGAAGUACAAGGGUACAAUACCACGGCAGUAUUUCCGAUGUCACACCAGUUGCCACACCAGGCUGCGUAUGGGAGAGUAGAGGUGGCCUCCGUGCCGAUGAACAACGAGGGCUACUAUGCCCAGAUGCCGCAGAUGCCUCGAUAUGAUGCCGCUUGCGCCGUCCCUCCGAUUCAAGUACAGCCCAAUAUUCCGUCAGGGUACAACAUGGCUUAUUUUCCAAAUCAGUCGACGGUAAACUACGCCUACCACCCUCCAUACUACGCGCCGAUAAAUCAAUACCCUGUACGACCACCAAACAUGACAGCAAAUAUGGUGCCGAGCCAAGACAAAGCCAGAAGUCAAGGAAAUCAAAUGAGUCCCACGGCAGGGCAGGAUUCCUCGAGUAUUAUGUCACAAGUCAAUCGAGAAGGUGCAUUUUGUCCCAGGAUUCGACGCAUGGUAGGACAUGCCGCUAACAAAAUCAUUUCCUCCAUAGCUGCCGCUCCAUCAAGGCGAAGUGGUGCGAGAGGAUCGCCGAGGAAGCCUCGUCAGAGUGGUAUGAUCCGCCUGGUUGUCAUCACGUACACUGUCUUACGGAUAGUUUCAGGGCACGCUAUUUGGAUUGGCAACCUGCCCUCACAUGCCGACUUGAUGAAGCUUGUCCAACACGUUUGCAAGGAAUCAGUGGGUCUAGAGUCCCUAUUCCUCAUAUCAAAGAGCAACUGUGCAUUUGCCAACUUCGAAGACGAACUCUCCUGCUGGGCUGCUCAGAAGAAAAUACACGAUUCCAGGUUCCAGUCCGUUCGACUAGUCGGCCGGCUGAGGAAGGAUACGGCGGAAGGGGCUACUGCGUUGACAGCUCCUGCUGGGGUAGAUGCAGGAGGCAGCACUUCUUGUUCGACGUCCCCAGACGAGACACUUGAUGUGGUUGAUUCGUCGAAAACCAAGCACACUAGCCCGGCCAUGCAUGAGGCAGCACACCCCAAAAUCUCAGGCUCGGAGGUCGGCGGUCAGGGGGACAAGUUUUUCAUUCUCAAAAGCCUGACUCUGGAAGACCUGGAAGUGAGCGUGAAAAGUGGGAUAUGGGCUACGCAGGCACAUAAUGAGCAGGCACUCAAUGACGCCUUCAAGGUCAGUCUGGCUCUGCAAGACGACGAAGGAAAGCUGAUGCUGAUGAAGAUACUAACAUGGCGUGGACAGAAGUCUGAAAAAGUCUAUCUGAUAUUCUCAGCCAACAAAUCCGGUGAAUAUUUUGGAUAUGCUAGGAUGGCCUCGGAAAUCAACGGGGACGCGGGAGCGGUGGCGUUUGCUCCAAAAGCGCAUCCUACGAGCAUAUCAGAUUUGCCUAUUUCGACACCGACAGAGGCCUUCGGGUAUGCUCCCAAAGGAAGGAUCGUCAAAGAUGCUGCCCGGGGUACCAUCUUUUGGGAGGUGUGGCGCGGCGACGACGAGACUCCCUUUGAUGACGAAAGUGAGGUGUUGGGCGACAAUGGUGAUGGAAUGGAAGGGCAUCCAACAACGCUGGGGAGGUCAUUCAAGCUCGAAUGGCUAUCGAUCAAUCGGUUACCGUUCCACAGGACCAGAGGCUUGCGUAAUCCUUGGAAUUCCAACAGAGAGGUGAAGAUUGCAAGAGAUGGGACAGAGCUGGAGCCUUCAGUCGGACGCCGGCUCAUCGGACUCUUCAACCAGGAGCAGUGCCCUGGGCAGGCGCCACUGGACGAUUUUGACCUGAUCAAGCACAGCCUGGCUGUCGCACCACCACGGGAGGUUUGA